CAGAGCACAGGAGGAGGGGUGGCUGUUUGUUGUGACAUGGCUGACAGAGGUGACCAUGAGCUGAAACUGCAGAGCUUUGAAUUGACGCUUGUAUCAGAAGAAGAGGAUGAGUCUGCUUCACAGGUGAAGGACUCUGCGGCUGAUAUAACACCUGAUGCUAGCCUACAAGUAGAAGGAGAGAUUUUUUAUGUCAACCGCCAACAUCUGGCCCUGCAGAGCCCUUACUUCAGGGCUCUGUUCUUUGGCCGUGGGUUGGAGAGCAGCAAAAGGCGGGUAGAGAUUAAAGGUGUGAGUCUGCAGCAUUUCAGGACCUUGAUGGAAUGUACCACAACAUGCAGCCUGUCUUUGCACAGAGAAAAUGUUACGGGCAUCCUCGAGACGUCCGACUUUUUGCAGCUGGAGCGAGCCAGGCUGCUGUGCUGUAAGUUCCUGGAGCGUGAGCUGCACCUCAGCAACUGUUUGGGGAUGAUGGCCUACGCCUGGCAGCUGGGCUGCACUCAGCUUUAUGCCGCAGCACGACAGGUGGUGCUCACUCACUUCUCCGCUAUUUCAGCUGAAGAGGAUUUUCUGUCACUCUCAAAAGAGUCAGUAGCAGAUCUACUUGCCAGCGACGACCUAACCAUCCACAAAGACGAUCUGGCUCUGGAGGCAAUACUGCGCUGGGUGUCGUUUGACCCUAAACGAGAAGAAUAUUUCCUGGAGCUCAUCGAGCUGGUGAGGCCCGAGUCUCUGUCCUUACCUUUUAUCACUGAACUCUUGACCAGAAUGAAAAGCUCUGACCCCAGAGCCAGGCUCAUCAUGAAGCUCAAUGAACAUUUCCCAGCAUCUUGGUCAGUGGGCAGGUCAAUGACGAGGACCAGGGCCAGAGAGACCCUGUUCGUGCUGGGCGGGCCUCAUGAUCAGGAAGAACAGGCGCUGUACCAGUAUCACCCGAUGAGUGGUAGAUGGCAGAGCUGCGCCCCCCUGCAGAGGAAGAACCUCACACAGUACUCCGUGGCUGCAGUGGGAGACAGCGUGGUCGUGACAGGUGGCUACUUCCGGGAUGUUCUGUGGUUCAGUGUGGAUUGGGUCCGGAUCUACGAAUGUGGGAACCAGCGCUGGGUGGACGGGCCCGCCCUGCAGAAGUCCAGACACAGCCACUGCUCCACAGGGCUCGAGUCAGUCCUGUAUGUCCUGGGGGGAAGCAUGGACGAAGGUCUCGUGGAUGAUGUAGAAAGGCUGGUCCUUGGGUCAGAGGAGGGCUGGGAGGCAGUGAGUCCCAUGGUCAGGGCCGUAGAGAGGGCAGCCACUGCUGCUCUGGGGUCGUGUAUCUACGUGGCGUGCGGCCUGGAUGAAAAUGGCGAGGUUUAUGGUGGAAUUCAGAGGUAUGUGGCGAUGGAGGAUCAGUGGGAUGUGGUCUCCUAUUCUCCAUUUCCACGAUACGACCUGGUUGCCACGGAGCUCAACAGUGCCCUCUACCUGUUCGGAGGCCGAGCCCUUCGGUUUGACGUGGAGACAGAUGAGUGGACGGAGCUGGAGGAGGAAUGUCUGAACAAAAAGUUCUUCUGUGGCUGCUCCUCAGUCACUGGGCAGAUAUACCUGCUCAGCGAGAGGAAGAGUAACAAAGCAUUCCCGAACAUGGUGCUGCUGGACCCGUACAUAGACACCUGCAUUGAGCUAGAUGAUGCUAUACCCUGUCCCGUGCCCCUCAGAGGGUGUGUCACUGUAAGAAUGAUCCCAUGAUGCUCUAUGAUGGUUGAACGAAUGUGGAAAUGUGCAAAUCUCUCGAGCUCUUUCUUUAUAUUUGGUCAGGAAAAUGGGGAAUGGGUGCAGCAACUCAUGCAAACAUGAAGGGAAAGUCACCUUUAAUUUUUCAGCACAGGCUGAACUCUCAGGCAAGCUUUAAGUAGUCUUCAGGAGUAGUUCUCCAGACUUCUUGAAGGACAUCCAAAGCUCUUCUUUUAUUCUAUUCUCUGUUAAGAUGAUCCCAGAGAUCAAUAACGAUGAGAGAGCAGGAAGCAGGCGGAAGAGUCUGAGCAGGUGGAGGUUUGAAAGUCAGAAGAAGCAGAAUACAUAUGUGUGAAUAAGAGGGAGACAUGCAAAGAGCAGUGAUGGUGAAGGUAGAUCCAUUUAAAUAUCAACCAACCAAGAAAAAGGAGAGUCCAGAAGAGAGUGCAGUCAGGGUGGAGUGGGUGGAGACGAGUGUCAGGAGUGAUUUUAGACAGAAGGAUAAAAGCAAGAAGCUACAAGAUGCUGGAGAGCUGCUGUGAUGUUUGGAGAUGCUAGAAGCACGCCUGGAGGUGGCAGAGUUACGAUUUUAAUUUGGAGCGACGAGGACUGAUGGAGCUAGAAAUGAGUACAGUUAGAGAGGCAAGGCAGGAAUGAUCUGGACAUGUGCGGAGAAGGGAUGGUAGAUAUACUGGACAAGGAUGUUGAAUAUGGAGCUGCCAAGCAGGAGGCAGAGAGGAAGACCUGAGAAAAGAUUCAUGUAGGACAUGCAGACGCUCGGUGUGACAGAGGAGGAUGCCGUCUAUCACACGGUGGAGUUCCUGCAGAUCCCCAACACCACUGGCUGAGACUCAAACCAUGACCGAGCCUCCACUGUGUUUCACAGAUGGCUGUAGACACACUGCUGCACCUCUCUCCUGACCUCUCCUGUACACACUGGCCACGAUUUGAACCAAAAAUUUCAAAUGUAGAUUCACUCCACAAGACUCGCUGGCACUAAUUUUAAGUCCAAUUUGUGUGUAAUGUGGGAAACCUCUCCCUGUUUCCUUUCAUUAAGAAAUGCUUGUGCACAGCCAGUGAGAACAU